AUGCCGGGCUGGGCGCACGAGGACACUGUUGUCGCUUCACCAAAACUGAGUCCUGGCGGGACAGAGCUCGGACACAAACGGCGGCAGAGAAAACAGGUAUUUGUGCUGUCGCAUGUUUGCUUGUUUAGAGCUCGUGUGUUCCUGCGUGCCCCUGAGUGGCACGAUGGCCCCGCGCCCGGCCAGGCCGCCCCGCCCUCCAGGCUCGCGUGGUCCCCGCUCUGCCGGAUGUUGACGGCGUCGCCCAGCAACGAAGAUGGCGGAGCCCGGCGACCCGGCGGGCGGGUGCCACCGCUAGAGAAGGACGAUGACCAGAGAAGCGAAGAAGCUGUUGGUGCUACUGAGAGUCCUGAAGGGGAAAUCGCCGAUGAAGGGGAGGUGGAAAUGGGUUUGGAAGUCACAGCUGGAGAAGAAGCCGCCACUGGAGGGGAAGUUGAAUCCCUCGGGGACACCGGGGAGGAAGGUGAAUUCUAUUCCGAUGUGGAAGUCACAAACCCUGAAGGGCAAAUCAGUUCUACAGAUCUGACUUAUUCACAUACCAGUCCUGGGGACGUGCCUGUAGGGGGAGUUGGCCCCACACACCCGCAGGGAAGGAUGAAAAUAGAAGGUGGCCUUGAAGAGUCCUGCAGAGAAGCCACCCAUUCAUCAGAACCACAAGAGCUAGGGGUCGUCUCCGCAGAGCCAUCCCAGGGAGUCUUAGCCUCAUCCGGACCCACAGUUAGCACACCGACAAAAUCCCAAGAAGUGCUCCAGAGGGUGGCCUUUCCUAUGGGGACACAACACCACUUCAGAAUGAGCCGCGGGAGCAGCCUUGUGUCCUCGGACAUAGACGAGCUCUUCCUGAGCACAGAGGAGCCCUUGGUGCAGGAGCCAGGUACCACCAGACCCACCGGGGGCUGCGGGGCUCGCUGGGGUUGUCUGUCCCAUGAGAUAAGCCACUCACACAUGCCCUGCAGUGCAAAUGAUGCCACUCACGUGUCACCUGUUACCUCUUUUCCUCCGCUCAUGAUGAGAUUCCAGGCUGCCCUGAAGAGCCACCUCACCCGGCAGAUAGAAAAGCUGAAGCUGGAACUUCAAGAGCUGGGCGUGGCCACCAAGCAAAGCCAAAUCCAGCGGCAGGAGCUGGGGGUGAAUCUCUAUGGGGUGCAGCAGCAGCUGGCCCGCCUGCAGAUGCAGCUGGAGACCAGCCACGACCACCACUCCACUACCGCGUGCCAGAGGCGGCAGAAGGAGGAGGAGCUGCAGAGCGUGCGCCUGCUCUACGACAAGACCUGCGCGACCGCCAGCGACGAGCGCAGGAAGCUGGCAGCUCUGCAGACGGAGAUGGAGAACUUGGCGCUGCAUCUCUUCUACAUGCAGAACGUCGACCAGGAUGUGCGUGACGACAUCCGUGUGAUGAGGCAGGUGGUGAAGAAGGCUGAGGUGGAGAGGAGGCGGGCAGAGCUCGAGAAGAAAAAACAGGACCUCUUCGUGGACCAGCUCACCACCCGAGCCCACCAGCUGGAAGAAGACAUUGCUCUGUUUGAGGCCCAGCACCUCGCCCAAGCUGAGGACACCCGGGUUUUAAGGAAAGCGGCAAGCGAGGCUUUCACGGAAAUAGACGCCAUAAACGUGGAGAAGAAGCGCGUCCUGCAGCAGUGGGCCACCAGCCUGGUGGGCAUGAAGCACCGCGACGAGGCCCACAGGGCCAUCCUGGAGGCGCUCAGGGAAAGCCAGCACCAAGUCAGGUCCAUCGAUGGUGAGAUCGAAGCCUACAAGAAGUCCAUCAGGAAGGAGGAAGGAAAGAACGAGAAGCUGGCCGGCGUCCUGCACAGAGCAGAGGCGGAGGCCAGCCUAAUGCAGAAGCUGACCGCCCAGUGCCUGACCAGACAGGAGGCCCUGCAGAACGAGUUCAGCACCUACCAGCUCACCUUGCAGGACGUGGAGGGCGCCCUGAGCAAGGGCCAGCAGGAACACACCGUAGUCAUGGGGGAAUCGAAGGCCGUCCACCAAGCCAUCCGCAGCGAGCUGGAGCACAGGAGGAGCAUGGAGGCCUCCAUCGUGGAGAAGCUGCAGGAGCACACAACCUCCAACAAGAUGACCAAGUACUUCAGCCAGCUCCUGCUGCGGCUGCAGAAGGAGAAGACCAGCAUGGUGACACAUCUUUCCAAAAUUGACGGCGACAUUGCUCAGACCACCCUGGAUAUCACCAACACCAGCUGCAGACGGGACAUGCAUCAGAAGACGCUCGCCGAGCUGGACAAGGAGGUGGAGAAGGUUAAUGAGCUCAUCAGCAGCAGCAGGAACGAGCUGGCCCGGCGCAGCACCCUGAUCGAGCGGAAGCAGGGCUUCCUCAACCUCCUCACCAAGCAGCUGGAGCACAUGGUUUCCGAGAUGGGGGGGGAAGAAGUUGGACCCCUCGAGCUCGAAAUCAAAAGGCUGACCAAGCUGAUCGAAGAGCACAGCAGCAGCAUUACCCAGGCCCAGCUGACCUGGCUCCGCCUGCAGCAGGAGAUGGUCAAGGCCGCACAGGAGCGCGAGGAGCAGCUGGUCUCCGUGAACAUGCUCAGGAAGGAGAUCCACAUCCUGGAGCAGAAGAAACUGCGGGUAGAAAGCAAGAUCGACCAGGAGAAGAAGGAGCAGAAGGAGACUGAACGCCACAUGAAGGACCUGGACAACGACCUGAGGAAGCUCAACGUGCUGAUGAGCAAAAACCGCUGCAGCUCGGAGCAGCUGCAGCAGGACAACCUGGUGACCGAGAACGAGUUCGUGCGCUCGCUUAAGGCCUCUGAGAGGGAGACCAUGGAGAUGCAGGAGAGGCUGGACCAGCUCACCGAGGACAAGGCGGCCAUCCUGAGCAACCUGGUGGAAGCAGAACAUCAGAUCAUGCUUUGGGAGAAAAAAAUCCAGCUGGCAAAAGAGAUGCGCUACUCGGUGGAUUCCGAGACUGGCCAGACAGAGAUCCGAGCCAUGAAGGCCGAGAUCCACAGAAUGAAGAUCAAGCACGGGCAGCUGCUGAAGCAGCAGGAGAAGAUGAUCCGUGACAUGGAGCUGGCCGUCUCCCGCAGAGAGACCAUCGUGGCCCAGGCCGAGGGUCAGGGCAAGACGAACAAGAAGGUGCUCACGCGGACCGGCUUCCACCAGAAGCAGACCGAGCUGCGACGGAAGAUCAGGGACACUCACCAGGCCACUGAGGAGUGCACCAAAACCGUCUUGGAGCUGGAAGAAACUCAGAAACUUUUGAGCAACUCCCUCCUAGAGAAGCAGGAAAAACUGUCAGUGAUGCAAUCGGACUCUGAUGUGCUUGAAGCUGACCUCGAGCGGCUCGUGGCCCUCAAGCGACAGAACCUCUCCGAGAUCGUGGCCCUGCAGACACGCCUUAAGCACCUGCAGGCGGUGAAGGAGGGGCGGUACGUGUUCCUGUUCCGCUCCAAGCAGUCCCUGCUGCAGGAACGCAGGCGCCUGGACGACCGGCUGACUCUCAUCAGCACCAUCCUCACCCAAGUGCAGGACGAGUACCCCCAGUUCCAGGAAGCCCUGCACAAGGUCAGCCAGGCCAUUGCCAACAAGUCACCAGGGUCUGCCUAGAGAGCAGCCAGGACCCCACCUUCCAAGGCUGACCCCUGGAGAAGAGAUCUGGAAUACUGGUUUUUAUCACAGACUUAGAAUCUUUGUGUGUUACUAAAAACCAUGUGUACCCUCAGAAUGACAUUGUUGAAAAGAAAUAGGCCAGCCCCGAAGGAAUUUUUUUUUAGCCACUCAGCAGUUUAAACCAAGUAAAAUCCCAACAUCUCCGAUUGCAUUUCGGUGAGCCUUUGCAUUUGCAAAGCCAGUACCUGCGAACACGAACCCAUGCUCCCACGUGGCUUACUCCUGCACGCACUCCUCCAAACACUGUCCUGGAGUCAGUUCACAACCUUGCAGCACAGAAGAGGCCCCAUGGGAAGCAGCAGCAGGACUGGCCAGCCUGGCCUUGGAGGCCGCUUCGUCCCUCAGCAACUCCACUAGGGUGCCUCCGAAAAUGCAUAAUCCUUUCCCAUGCUUUCCCCAUCCCCGCCUCCCAGAAAACUCGGGUUCCUUCUCCUGCCCCCACCUCCCAGUUUGAAUUCAAUUCAGAUUCACAACUUGCAGGAGAAAGUCAAGGGACUCAGAAAUUCCAAGGGCCGCAAACCCCCUGGGCUGUGUCCAUGGAGGCGGGUCAUUACCACAGUGAGCGCUGGGUAAAUACUAGGUGUGCACCUUCCGCAGACCCACCAAUCCAUUAUCAACCCGGUGUUGUUCCUCCCCCACCCCUAGAUUUUUGAGACCAAUUACCUUGUGACUUCUCUCCAGUUUAAAGGGAAAACGUUCUACAAAAUAAGUUUACUUUCAAACAGCAAAAG